AUGUUACAGAAGGUGCGCCGGGACGUGGACGCGAGCAUAGCCCGGGGCAAGUCGCUGGAUCGCAAGGCAAGGAAUGCGCCAUACCACAAGCACAAGGGCAGAAGCAUGCUGGACUUCACCACGGACAUACAAGCCACGCCGGGUGAAUACUCGAUGGAAAUCUCGCUCGGCACCCCGCCACAGAAUUUCAUCGCCAUCGCCGACACGGGCAGCGACCUCGUCUGGCUGCAGUGCUCGACGUGCGAUGUCAGCUUCAACGGCACGCUCUUCGACCCGUCGCUCUCCUCGACUUACAGCCCGCUGGGAUGCACUGAGUGCGACGUCCUGGGACGCAGCGAGCUCACCUGCACGCCCAAUUGCCAGUACACGUACAAUUAUGCCGAUCAAUCCCAGACCGAGGGAGAUUUCUCUCUCGAGACUCUCACUCUGCAGAACACCAACGGCACCUCCACGGCCAUCGACAAUUUCAAAUUCGGCUGCGGGCUCAGGAACCAAGGAACGUUUUCGGGCACGGACGGGCUGGUCGGGCUGGCGCGCGGGCCCAUCUCGUUCCCGUCGCAGAUCGCGCCAUUCCUCAACAACGUCAACAAAUUCUCCUACUGCCUGCUCGGGCGCUACGACGCCGAAUCGGCCCGCAGUCCGCUGCUGUUCGGCGAGAGCGCCGUGCCGGCCAACGUGAGCGGAACGCUGUUCACGCCCCAGCUGACGCCGUACGAGCCCAGCGUGAUCCCGUUCUACUACGUCAACCUGCUGGACGUCACAGUCGGCUCGGAGGCUCUGUACAUCCCGGCCUCCGCCUUCGCCAUCGACGGCCAGGGUAACGGCGGCUUCAUCUUGGACUCCGGAACCACGCUCACGAUCCUCAACACCGUCGCUUACCGUUGCGUCGUCGACACCUUCGUGGCGCAGCUCGGCUCCAGGUGCCCCCGCGUCAACCUCCAGGACCUGACGGGGCUCGAGGUGUGCUACAACAUUACGACCGAACAGAUCGUGCAUAUCCCCAACAUGGUGUUCAAUUUCGAGGCCGCGGAUUUCGACCUGCCGUUCGACAAUAUUAUGAUUCAGUUCACCACCACCGGCACCGACACUGUCAUGUGCUUGGCGUUGCUUGAGACCACUGGGUUGAGCAUUUUCGGCAAUAUUCAGCAGCAGAAUUUCCAAGUGCUUUACGACGAAGACAAUUUACAGAUCGGCUGGGUACCCGCGGACUGCAAGAGCUUGUAG